CGUAACAAUAAGUAGCGAGUAUGUGGUAGAAUUGUUGCGGCAUUGCUUGUAACAAUCAUGAUGUGAUUAUUACAGUACAAUAAGUAACGUACAAUUUGUUUUACUUUUGUUAGCACAUUUUUCUGACACGAAAUAAAUAGGUACUUUACAACGAUAACGUUAACGGGAGUUUUUGUAAUGUGCAAUACGUAUGCUAGUGUGUAGGUAAUCCAGCUACAUUUCCUUUAAAGUGGGUUACAAGUAGAAAGUUUCAGAAUUUUAUAGUGGCCUUGUAUUAAAAGUAUGUUCAGCGGUCAACAAUCGGGUAAAUCUUCGUACUGAUAUUUAAUUAGAGUGACAACAAUAUUCAAUCUAAGAUGACCAGUUAUCAAGUAAAUUCAACUAAUGGAACUUCAAAUUUAGAAAUCGUUCAUAGUAAUCAGGAUCUGAUUAUGGAGAAACGACAUGGAAAAAAUAAAAUUCUAUUCAUUUCACUGGCGGUUGGUAUCGUAAUAGUAGCAGCAGUUAUUGUUAUUUUAGUAAUCUUUCUUAAAAAUAAAGGCGAUUCUAAUGCAGAUAAUCAAGAUUUUGCUAUAACUUUAGAAGAAAUUUUAUAUGGAAGUCUUGCGGCAAGUGGUUUCAAUGCAACGUGGAUAUCUGGCAGUGAAUUAUUUUUCAGAAGUUCAGAAGGCGAUGUUCUAUUAUACAAUGUGGAAACAGCAACUACACGGACAUUAUUGUCGGGAAAUAGUUCUGUAUUAGCAACUGCAUUCGAUUAUUUUUUAUCGCCAGACCGCAAUUAUCUUCUUAUAGGACAUGAUUAUCAAAAACUUUACAGAUACAGCUUUUUGGCGCAAUACACGAUUGUCAAUUUACUAAAUCAACAAACGAAACUUGUUAAUGUGAGUGGAGAAAGUAUACUGCAACUUGCAUCUUGGGGUCCUGUCGGAAAUUCAUUGAUCUUUAUUAUGAGAAAUAAUAUUUACUACAGGGCUAGUGCUGCCAGUGAAGAAGAUACUCAAAUAACAACAGACGGAAGUAUAGGAAACGUGUAUAAUGGUGUUCCUGAUUGGGUAUAUGAAGAGGAAGUUUUCAGUUCAAAUAAGGCUUUUUGGUUUUCACCUGAUGGAACAAAAUUGGCAUAUGCUAAAUUUGAUGAUCGAAACGUUCCUUUAAUGACAAUUCCUGUUUACGGGCUACCUGGUGACCUGAACUUUCAAUAUACUCGAGCUGUUCAAAUAAGGUAUCCAAAGGCUGGAACUGUUAAUCCAACAGUUACAUUUCAUGUCGUAAAUUUGCAAAAUCAGUUUUCUCAACUUAUAUUGAGUCCUCCAGAUGCAUUACGCAAUGUAGACAAUAUUUUGGCCACAGUCAAUUGGGCAACGAACACAACUGUCACUGCUAUAUGGAUGAACAGGGUGCAGAAUUAUGCCGAAAUUUUAGCAUAUGUUAUUUCCGACACAGUUGCAACUUCGGAAACGAUUGUCAGUAUUAAUAAAACAAAUGGCUGGAUAGAAUUAUUUACGCCACCUCUUUUUUCCGAUGAUGGUACUAAAAUGGCUGUUAUUCUAUCUCAAGACCAAGGAAAUAAUUUAGGAGGAUAUAGACAUAUUACACUAUUUAAUGUUAAUCAAACUUCUUCAGCAAAUGUAAUUACAAAUGGAAAAUUUGUCGUCGGAGAAAUUUUAUCCUGGGAUAGUAACAACAACCUAAUAUAUUAUACAUCCAACACUGAAGAAGAUCCUGCAGUACAACAUGUAUAUAGUGUAUCAACAGUUUCAAAAAACAGAACUUGUCUGUCUUGUAACACAGAUCAAUCGUCAUUAUCAACAGACUGUUUGUAUAAUUCUGCAGAUUUUAGUUUAGAUCAUACUCAUUUUGCACUUAAAUGUGAAGGACCAGGGGUUCCUCAAAUCUCUAUCUUUCGCACUAACAAUCAACACGUAACCGAUUGGACUAAUGGUGACGAACUAAAAUCCAAGUUGCGAAAUAAAUCUAUUCCAACUAUAAAGCAAAUGUCAUUUGAAGUAGCAGGAGGCUUUGUCGCUCAAGUAUUGCUCAAAUUACCUCCCAAUUUAGAUACCAGUGGGAACGUAAAAUAUCCAAUGGUUGUACAUGUAUAUGGUGGACCAGAUUCUUACCAAGUUAUCAAAAAGUAUUCUAUGGACUGGGGAUCAUAUUUAGCUUCCAAUAAAAGUAUAAUUUACGCUAUGAUAGAUGGAAGAGGUUCUGGCCUUAAAGGAGAUAAAAUGUUGUUUUCCUUAUACAGAGCUUUGGGAACUGUUGAAGUUUCUGAUCAAAUAAACGUAACGAGACAAAUCCAGCUAAGUUUGCCGUACGUUGAUUCCAGUAAAACUGCCAUUUGGGGUUGGAGUUACGGUGGUUAUGCUUCAGCAAUGGCUUUAGCCAAAGAUGUCGAUGGAGUUUUUAAAUGUGGAAUGUCCGUAGCUCCUGUUACAGAUUGGACCUUGUAUGACUCGGUGUACACGGAAAGAUUUAUGGGUCUACCAUUACCAGGGGAUAAUUCUGAAGGUUACAAAAAUUCACUACUUCUCUCACAAUAUGAAGGAAUAAGAAAAAAAGAUUAUUUUCUAAUUCAUGGUACAUUAGAUGACAACGUUCAUUAUCAGCAGUCCAUGCUUUGGGCCAAAGUAUUAGAACAACAGGAUAUUCUUUUUCGACAAUUGAGUUACCCAGAUGAAGAUCAUGGAUUAGCAACUAUUCGACCUCAUUUAUAUCACUCAUUGGAAAACUUUUUAAAUGAAUGUUUCCUUCUUUAAAUUCAAUUAAACAAAACUUUCAAAAAGAAGUAGUCGUGAAAUCACUUUAUACAUUACCAUUUGAUAGUUUCAUAACGGCUACGUUUGUUUACUGAUAAAUUAAACUAGUCAAAAAUGUUGUUGAAAAUAAUAAUGAAGUAUUUUUAGGAUUGUUUAUCUUGUUGAGUAAGUAUUACCAUUUGUACGUUAUUGUUAAUAAAAGUCACAUUU